CUAGUUACGUUGCACGUCAGUUUUUUACUCGAAAGAUCUAGAAAGUAUUUUAUAUAGUUGCGCCUGUUAUAUUUAAAAAAAUUACAGUUUAAAGAAAACCCGUAUUUGUUUAAAAGUGAUCAUUUUUUUUGGUUUUCUGAACCUGAUACUUUAGAAACACUAAUCAGUUCUUCCCUUUAACAAAAAAAAUAUUAAUAUGCCUGGAAUAGAAAAAUCAGAUGAUAAAAACAAAAUUGCUGGUGCUAUAGAAUACCCAAGAUCAAAUAUAGAUCACAAUGUUCCUCAACCAGCACAACCAACAAACCUCCAAGGUUUAUUACGUUUUGCAAUGGAGGCAACCAAAGCUGAAGACCCUACACAUGAUUCUCACAUUGGCCCUAUGGAUGAAGAAAGGAAACGUUUUUUAGAACAAGCAUUGCAAUCCUUAACGAUAAAUGUAAUCGAUGUGCUCAAAGAGCAAAUUGAAAUAUUAAAAGAUAUAGAAACUGAAGCAAUCAAUGAUCAAACUGAUAUAACAAGGUAUUUAAAUGCAUUUGAGAAGAUAAAAGAACACAUUGAUCAUAUCGAUAUUGCAAAUGAUUUCCAUAAAAUUGGAGGAUUCGUAAUAUUUAAGCCAUGUUUAAUGUGUGUCAGGCCAGAAAUAAGAGCUGAAGCAUGCAGUGUACUAGCAGAAUUAUGCCAAAGUAAUCCAUACUGCCAACGUAUGGUCCUGGAAACAGAUCUUUUAGCUGAUUUAUUAGCAAUACUAGAUACCGAUGAACAGCUUGAUGUGACUGUUAAGGCUUUAUAUGCUAUUAGUUGCAUUGUCAGACACAGUGCAAUUGGAUAUCAAAGAUUUAUCCAGCACCAGGGCUUGAAUAUCAUGCUGAAAACAUUACAAAAAGAUAAUGAUAAGUUGAGGACUAAAGCUGCAUUUCUGUUGUCUUCUAUAUGUGAAUCACAAUCAGAUGCAAAAAACCGUCUGGUUUUUUUGAACUACUUGCCCGUAUUAAUAUCGCUGAUUUCAAAAGAACGCAAAGAAAGUCACGAGCAUUUACUUUCGUUGUUACUUGUAAUUGUUCAGGAUAAUUCUGCAGCGAUUCUGGAAUGCAGAAAUCCCAAGUAUCAAUUAGAAGAAGUUCUUUUAGAAUACUUAAAACAAAUUAAAGGCAAACCUGAGAGUCAGGAAGAAGAGGAAUAUUGUAAAACGCUAAUUUUAAUUUUAAAUCCAGAAGCUGAAAUUUGAAUAACUAUUUAUGUAUUGUUAGAUUCAGUAAUAAACUAAUUAAUUUGUAUUUAAUAACUUGUAAUUGAUUAAAGCACGAUAAUUUAAUUAAUAAAAAAAAUGUAACUUUC